GAACAACAGCCUUUGGUGAAACACUGCAGUGCCGUUUGAGAAAAGAAGUUUGAGAAACAGUUAAGUAAUGAGGUGAGGUGCUGCCAUCUGGUGGAGGAGAGGGUCAGUACGGGCUCCUCAGGAUGAGUUCCCCUGGUAACCAGGAGUCCCAGCUGGGACAGGAACUGGCAGCUCACUCUCAUAGUGGCAUAGAGAAGAGACCAGGGUCUCCUACAGGGAGCUGUGUGUCCAUGAGGAGUGACAAGUCAAAGGAUGAGCCACUCAGGUUCAAAGGGGCGGAACCUCCACCUGACCAAAGUGGCAAAGAGAAGAGACCAGGGUCUCCUACAGGGAGCUGUGUGUCCAUGAGGAGCGACAAGUCAAUGGAUGAGCCACUCAGGUUCAAAGGGGCGGGACAUCCACCUGGCCUCAGUGCAAUAGAGAAGAGAUCAGGGUCUCCUACAGGGAGCUGUGUGUCCAUGAGGAGUGACAAAUCAAAGGAUGAGCCCCUCAGGUUCAAAAGGGCGGAACCUGCAUCUGACCAAAGUGGCAUAGAGAAGAGACCAGGGUCUCCUACAGGGAGCUGUGUGUCCAUGAGGAGUGACAAGUCAAAGGAUGAGCCACUCAGGUUCAAAGGGGCGGAACCUCCACCUGACCAAAGUGGCAAAGAGAAGAGACCAGGGUCUCCUACAGGGAGCUGUGUGUCCAUGAGGAGCGACAAGUCAAUGGAUGAGCCACUCAGGUUCAAAGGGGCGGGACAUCCACCUGGCCUCAGUGCAAUAGAGAAGAGAUCAGGGUCUCCUACAGGGAGCUGUGUGUCCAUGAGGAGUGACAAAUCAAAGGAUGAGCCCCUCAGGUUCAAAAGGGCGGAACCUGCAUCUGACCAAAGUGGCAUAGAGAAGAGACCAGGGUCUCCUACAGGGAGCUGUGUGUCCAUGAGGAGUGACAAGUCAAAGGAUGAGCCACUCAGGUUCAAAGGGGCGGAACCUCCACCUGACCAAAGUGGCAUAGAGAAGAGACCAGGGUCUCCUACAGAGAGCUGUGUGUCCAUGAGGAGUGACCAAUCAAAGGAUGAGCCACUGAGGUUCAAAGGGGCGGGACCUGCAUCUGACCAAAGUCCACUUCAGUUGAACAAGCCAGACUGCCCUGUACCCAGCUGUGUGUCCAUGAAGAGUGACCAGUCCAUGGUUCAACCACUACGGUUUGGAGCAAGACACUCCUCUGAUCAGAAUCUAAUACUUUUCUCUGAAGAAGAAGGAGAGGUGGAUGGUAGCAGAGAAGAGGAGGAAGAGAGAGGAGAGCUAGAUGGAUCUUCUGCAGAGCAGAGAUGUGAAAGGAUUUGUGUGCAGAAUCAUAAAAACGUUCUGAAAGAGAAGUCUCAGUGUUUGACUGAGGGAAUCUCCAAGCAGGUAAACCCCACACUCCUCAAUGAGAUCUACACAGAGGUCUACAUCACAGAGGGGGGCUGUGGAGAGGUCAAUGACGAACAUGAAGUCAGACAGAUUGAGGCAGCAUCCAAGAGAUCAGCUACACAUGACAAACCAAUCAAAUGCAAUGACAUCUUUAAACCCUUACCUGGACAGGAAAAGGACAUUAGAACUGUAGUGACAAAGGGAGUGGCUGGCAUUGGGAAAACAGUCUCUGUGCAGAAGUUCAUUCUCGACUGGGCUGAAGGAAAAGCCAAUCAGGAUAUCCACUUCAUAUUUCCUCUUCCUUUCCGUGAGCUUAACUUAGUGAAGGAGGAAUAUCUCAGUUUAGUGGGUCUGAUUAAACGAUUCUUUGGUGACACUCAUGAUUUCAGCAUGUUCACUGAAGAUAAAUGCAAAGUGCUGUUCAUCUUCGAUGGUCUCGAUGAGUGUCGGAUUCCUCUGAAUUUCCACUCCAACCCAGAGUGUUGUGAUGUAACAAAAGCAACCACAGUGUCUGCUUUGCUCACAAACCUCAUCCAGGGGAAUUUGCUGCCCUAUGCUCUCCUGUGGAUCACCUCCAGACCAGCAGCAGCCAAUCAGAUCCCUCCUAUGGACCAGGUGACAGAGGUACGUGGGUUUAAUGACCUCCAGAAGGAAGAGUACUUCAGGAAGAGAGUCAGUGACGAGGACCUGGCUAGCAGAUCCAUCACACACCUGAAGUCAUCCAGGAGCCUCUUCAUCAUGUGCCACAUUCCUGUCUUCUGCUGGAUUGCAGCCACUGUGCUAGAGAUAAUGUUGGGAGAAAGAAACACAGGAGAGAUCCCCAAGACCCUCACUCAGAUGUACACACACUACCUGAUUAUUCAGACCGAAGUCAAACAGAAGUACACAAACAGAAAAGAGACGGAUGAAGGGAUGAUUUUCAAACUGGGGAAACUUGCUUUUCAGCAGCUGCAGAAGGGCAAUCUGAUCUUCUAUGUGGAGGACCUGAGAGAGUGCGGCAUUGACAUCUGUGAGGCAUCAGUGUACUCAGGAGUGUGUACCCAGAUCUUCAGAGAGGAGGCUGGGCUGUACCAGGGGAAGGUGUUCUGCUUUGUGCAUCUCAGCAUUCAGGAGCAUCUUGCUGCAUUAUAUGUGCACCUCACCUCCAUCAUAAGGAAGAAGAAUGUUCUAAAGAAAUUACUAUCCAUGACUGGCCAGUUUUCCAGGUCCCCAUCUGUUACUGUGUCUUUCUAUGAGCUGCACAAGAUGGCAGUUGAUCUGGCCUUAAAGAGCAAAAACGGACACCUGGACCUUUUCCUCCGCUUCCUCCUGGGCCUCUCACUGGAGUCCAAUCAGAAUCUAUUGAGAGAUCUGCUGCCACAGGUAACCGCCCAAUCACAGAGCACAGAAAAAACUGUCCACUACAUCAAGAAGAAGAUCAGGAAAAAUCCCACAUCAGAGAAAUGCAUGAAUCUGUUCCAUUGCCUCAGUGAGCUAAAUGACCAGUCCCUAAUGGAGGAAAUCCAGAACUACCUGAAGACAUCAGGAGGUCUAGAGGGAGCCAAACUCUCCCCUGCACAGUGGUCAGCUGUGGUGUUUGUGCUGCUGACCUCAGAUCAGCAGCUGGAUGAGUUUGACCUGAACAAAUAUGGCGGAUCAGAGGAAUGUAUGCUGUGGCUGAUGCCUGUGGUCAAGGCCUCCAGAUCAGCACAAAACAAGUUGACAUUGUUGCUAGGCUUGCCUCGUUAGAGGAAUCGGAGAAAGGCCUACCUGACCCCUCAACCGCGGGUGUCAUCUCGGGCUCUAUCCCAGGCCCCUCCACCUGGUCUACGGUGACUGCUGGCAAGAUCCGACGCUCACCUCCUCCUGUCCUUACGUGCUCCGAAGGCGUUUGUCAUGACCUGGAACUUUACAACUCCUUUGCUCCUCUCGCUGAUCUCCCAAUGUCGCCAUCGAGUGUGGUCCCCGGGCUCCCCGACGGCCCUGGGCCGGAGAGGCGCCCCCCGCCUGCUUCCACCCCAGGCUGCCCAGCAUCGUCAACGGUGAAAGGAAAGGGAGGCCGCAAAGCUACAUCCAAGCGGAACAGGUCUCCUAGUGAUGAUCAUCCCACUCCAGACAAGCGUCCCAGGGUCUCCUCGUCAUCAUGCGGACCGAUCUCCACCACCCGGCCAUGGAGUGGUUAGCUCCGGUAACGUCUCCCCUUCUGUCUGUCCAUCUCUACCAUCGUACUCUGUGAGCUCCACUGCUGAGUGCCGAGUGACUAACAACAACAAUGCUACUAACCCUGACAGCUGCCUUUGGCUUCUAAAACAACGAUCCACUAUGACCAAUGAUACAGUAAGUAAGGAGAUAAGGUACGUUCUACUCUGUUGUGAUGCAACGGUGGGGGGGCGGGACGUCGCCAUGUUGGCGGCGGAAGUAGGCAGUAGAGUGCCUUUUUCCAUGCUUCUCUAUGUGCGACUUAAAGCAAUGUACCUCAGAAGCAAUUCAUGCCAUGCAUGCUCUGUUUCUUUCAAACGAUAGUUUCCCAUCCCUUUCAAACCACCCCGGUAUUCUUUUUUGACUUACCCCUUGUUUUAAAGUGUUAUUAAAAUAGUUUAAAUGACCAAUGAGCGCUGUUAUCUGGGUUGAUUGACAGUUGACAUUCUUUAGAAUUAUUUUUUGAUUGACAGGGCGUCGUCAAGGAGACGUUCGACUCAGUCAGUCCCGCGCCGGUGUCGUGCCAAAAAGUCCCUCCAGGGAAGUCCCUACUUUGAACAACUUCAUCACGACUUUGAUGGAUUAUUUCAUUGAUUCACUUUCCUAAUACUUAGGUCUUGUUGUGCCUUUGGAUGUACUAAUCCGUAUUCUGUCGGAAGCUCUGCUGUUUUGGUAAGUAAAAUGAAAAAAAAAAGUACAAGAGCUCUGUGGCUGUUUGACCAAAAUGACUGAGGUGUACGAUAUUCUAGCUUGUUAUUAGCUCUUGUUGAUCAAUAUGUAAAUAGAGCUCUAGCUGUGUUUGGUGUUUGGUCUGUCGAUUUGUUAAGCAACUUAAUUCUAAGUUGAAUGUCAUUCGUAUUAUGACCAAAGCGUGUAUGUUUUGGCGUGCAUCAGGUGUGUAGACACCCUCCCUCCGUACCGUAAUCUGCAAAUAGCUCAUCGUACUCCUGUCAACGUCUUCUUGGUGCAAAGAUAUUGCUUUCUGCAGCUAGCAUGCAUGGUCGUGUGUGUGUGUGUGUGAUUUCACCAGCUGCUAUGCGGUUGACUCGGAGGAGAGAUAAACAUAUAGGCGAGUACAUCUAUGCAAAAAAAAGACCUAACCCCCAAAAAAUUGAUACAAAUGGUUUUUCAACUGAUUUUGUUACCUCUAAGUGUCCUUAAUAACAUACUAAAAAUCUAGUUAAAUCUGACUUCAGGAAAGGUGUCAUUUUCAAGAUCAAAGUUUUUUAAAAUAAAGGUUACUACAUGAUAAUUACAUUGGCAUGAACUAACAUGUUUUCAGGAUCUGUUUGUUUGGAGUGCUGUUUGGGUGGAUAAAGACACUACUGCUAUGAUAAUAUCCAUGUGCUGUUUGUCAGGGCACAUCAUCAGUGAUGAAUCAUGGUGUCACUAGGUAAUUUGGGUCUUUCAGCAUCUGAACUGAAUAGACAGUAGCCACUACAUGUGUAAGUAGAGGGCAAGGUGAAACGGUUGGUACUGGAGACAGACAAUGUCCUGAAAGGACAUAGGGCUUUAGCAUAGCUUUCGGGUAAGCCAGAGUAGGGCCUGUUGUAGCUUCAUAGGCAAGGGUCAGGGCCUUGUAUUCAGUUAGGGCAUGAAAAAGAGAACAUGACUGGGAAACUGAGGCUAUGUGGUCAGAGAAUAAUAGAUCGUCAUCAACAAUGACACCUAGAUUUCUUGUGACCUUAUUUGAUGCAACAGUAGCAGAAUCCAUAUUGAGCUCGAUAUCAUGGCAACCUAAAUCUUUGGCUGGGAUCACCAGCAGUACAUUUGGGCGAGGCUCAACUGAAGGUUGCAUUCCUUCAUACUUGUGGAUAGUUCAGAGAGGCAAGCGGAAAUGUGUGUGACCAUGGAGUCAUCUGGCACAAAGUAACUGUGCUUCAUCGGUGUAACAGUAGUAUGAGAAGCUGUGAGAACAGAUAACAUGGCCCAGUGAUGUGGUGUACAUGGCAAAUAGGAGUCCCAGCACCAGCCUUUAGGACACCUCUGUGGAGAGGCUAUGAUUUGAGGACAGCUGACCUUGCCCUUGAUACAUGCUAAGAAUGAUACCACCAGAAUGUCUGGAAGAACUUGAGACACAUAAAACUCAAUUAUUUAUCUAAGAGAGAUGUUAAAUAAUCAUGUUUUGAAAACAAAAAUGCUAGCUGGUGUGUCUGCACAAAGAUUUUUAGAUUUACUACAAAACAAAAAGAGAUGUCCAUAAUCUCUUCUGAAGAUAUCUUCUGGCUUCCUAGAAACAAAAUAAAAGAGUAAUUUUGAGCUUGGCUUUUUUAGAUUUUGAGGUUUUGCAUUUUGAAAUGUAAUGCAUAUUUAAUUAGAUAUAGUCCAAUUACCAUAUUAAAACAUAACAUUUCAGAAAACUUGCAAUACAUUUUUUCUCACAAAUAUGUGAGUAAUCACCAGAUUAAGUUUCAUGGUGAUAUUGGCAAGCUAAAUUUUUUGGCCUAUUCACCUGGUGUGUCUCUUGACCCUUAUAAUAAGCCUAUGGCAGCCAUGUUGAAAAACUCAUUUCCCAAAGUCAGAUUUUACUAGAUUUUUAGUAUGUCAUUUAGCAGGUCCAAUAGUAAUAGAAUCCAUAAAAAAACCUUUUGUAUCAAUUUUUUUGGGGUUAAACCCUAAAUGUACUCGCCUAAUAGCCCGAGAACAAUAUAAACCAUUUGUUUAAUGCAUUUCGAGCACAUAAUAGACAACCCAGAAUUGCCCCUAGCACCACUCAACUACAGGCCUGUUCAAACAAGAAUUCACGACGAGACGUUGUCUGUUGUUUACAUACUGUAGUUCUAGGCAAUGCAAGGACCGUCUGUCCUUGCAUUGCCCAGCAGCUAAAACAUUCAAUGCUAUCGCACUUUAUGGCUUUUGAGUAAAAAUUCGCCUCAUUAGAACCAGUUCUAUAAGGACUGAUGGGACAUAGGAUAUGAUGCUCUGUCUAGUCAGUUUUGCUGUUUCACUCAAAACAUUGCGAUCAAUGCCACGUCGUCUAAAUGGAAGCGGCUGGAUGUAUUGCGUUGUGUCGUUUGAUUAGGUGUGUAUCCUGCUUGUCUUUCAGAGCACUUCAGGCGUCGGUGUAACGCUCUUCGCUCAGCAUCCAAACCGUGCCACCUCCACCAACAGCCAGAAGAUCAGCUGUCGAUGGGGCAUGCGUUAUCACUACCAGAGCAACGAGGUGCCAUUCCAGUGAGAUUUCCACAAAGAGAAGUGUCAAGUGUCAAACAGAUGCACCAUGGACCCUUUCAACCUCAACACCAGUCCAACCAAGGUCAAGUAAAACAUCCAGGUUAGAGGAGGAAGAGGACAGUAUCACAACACCACCUGACCCCUUGAUAUCUGGCAUUUGGAGAAUGGGCACAUCACAGUCGUCUGUGUGACACCCCCUCGCUGCAUGAUCAUCUCGCUGAAGAUGUGUACAGUACCCUGCCUGCAUCCUACCACCACAAGUUCACCUCAGAGGAUCUGCUGUCGACAACCAUUGUGAAAUCGUUGCAAUUAUGAAACACACUUAAUAAAUGCUAGUACAUCACACACAUUUUGUUUCUGAAUUGUUUUUCAAUAUUGAUUAACACACUGUUGUUACAACAUCUGUUUAGGUCAGGGGUGGGGAACCAUGCCUCAAGGGCCGUUUACGGCCCCUCAGGCCAUCUUAUCCGCUACCCAAUAUAAUUUUAAUAUUGUACAGCUUUAAAUGAAAUAUGACAUUUUGUAAAGGCAUCUUAGAAAUUACAUCAGCAAUACAAUUAAGUUAUAUUCAAGGGACCAAGAGAAGGUGGGGUCUGUUGUAAAGCUGGCCACCUUCAAUAUAGGCCAAAAAAGCUGGGGGAAAUCCUGUUUUGUGUUCAUAGUACGGCCCUUGGAGGACUUACAUGGUCGUUGAAGGACUUUGAAGUGGCCCCUCAAAUGAAAAAGGUACCCUACCCCUGGUUUAGACGAAUGUCCAGACAAAUGUUAAGAAUUGAAGUACUGCAUUUCUUAGAAGUGGGAAAGAACGUCCACAUAAUGAUUUGCACGUUUAGAAAGCACACAUGUAAGAAGACACUGAAGUCAAGAUUUCACUUUUAUCUGAAUUUCAAGUACUCAAAAUACCAGAUGGUGUAAUUGUCAUACUGUAUUACCUAUGCUUUAUAACUGAAAGGUUUUGGGUUGCCUACCGUUUACUUAAGUAAUAUGAUUUAAGAAUGAGAAGGUUUUUUUUUUUUUAUUCUGAAUCUUCUCGAAAACUGUGGGGAGGGGGGUCAUGAUUGCUUGACUGCAAUCUUCACUCUGGAUGACAGCUUGAUGAUGAGGAGCCUUUCUUCAACGUCCAUGGUUUCAGGUUUCAGGUUUCAGGUUUAUUUAUUUAAAAAGGGACAGCAUAUAUUACCAGCAUUUAAAAAAAUGAUAAAUACACAAGAUUAUAGCCAUGAGGCUAAUUUCCAUCUUUUGUCCCUUGACAGGUUUGAUGUUCCUUAAAAAAAAACCAAGGUUAAAACAAAACUAAAAAUACACAGUUAUAGUACACAGUUGUAAAAUUAUAGCCAAAGAUAUGUCACACAGUUUAAAAAAUAAAUAAUACAAAAUACAGUUACAAGAUAAAUUAAAGCCGCAAGCGGCCUUGGCGGGCCCUCGCACCUGCGGCCCGGGGGCCGUAGCAUGACGCCCUGCACUAAUACACCCAUACCUGUGAAAAACGGAAGAAGCAAUUUUGUAGCAUUAACAUUAGCAUCUAGGUUUAUCAUUAGCAUUAGCAUUAGCGAUGCCAUUAGCAGUAGUUGUAGUCUGUACAACGUUCGGUUCACGAGAUAUUGAAGAAAAUCGAAUUAGCAUGAAUUAGCAUUCAAAAUUAGCAUUAGCAUUGUCAUGAUAAGUGUGUUGCUAUGAACCCCUAAAACAAAAAUGGAGUCUGUACGACGUUCAGUUCCCAAGAUAUUGAAGAAUUACACUAUUCCUGCAGUUCCUUUGCCUACCACAUGGUGGUGCUAUACCUUAUAUACUGUACAUUUCAGGCUUAUAGAAGAGUUAGUAUUUAUUAUGUGCAUACAUGUGUGCGUUUGCACUGUUUAAAAACAUUCCAAACUGAAAUGGUGGCCAACUUCCUGUUUUAAAAUGCCAAAAAAGUCCAAAUAUAUCACUUCCUGUUGGGCGUGGCCAUAUCGUUGUACGGACUUUAUUGUGCGCCUUAGUUAGAUACACAACUUAAAACAACUCCCGAGUCUGUAGCUCAAAGUAGAUGUUGGCCCCGCCCCUAAAUGUGUUUGGGGGCGUGGCCUCUCUUUCAGGCAUAUUGAAAAGUUAGUAUUCAUUAUAUGCAUACGUGUGUGCGUUUGCACUGUUUUAAAUCACUCCAAACUGAAAUGGUGGCCAACUUCCUGUUUUGAAAUGCCAAAAAAGUCUAAAUAUCUCACUUCCUGUUGGGCGUGGCCAUAUCAUUGUAUGGACUUUAUUGCUCGCCUUAUUGAGAUACACAACUUAAAAAAACUCCCGAGUCUGUAGCUCAAAGUAGAUGUUAGCCCCGCCCCUAAACGUAUAAGGGGGCGUGGCCUCCAUUUCAGGCAUAUACAAAAGUAAAUAGUCAUUAUAUGCAUACAUGUGUGAGUUUGCACCAUUUGAAAACACUCCAAACUGAAAUGGUGGCCAACUUCCUGUUUUAAAAUUAGAUGCCUAAAUUCAUUAAGCCGCCAUCUUGUCAACUUACGAGAUAUCAAAAAUUCCUUUGCAAUUUGUCAUCAUCAAUGCCUUGAGGUCAUGUACAACGAAUAUAAAGUGAGUGCGAUGUUUUCAAAUGACAUUCCAUGUAAAUUUGGAAAAAGUACAAUUAUCUCACUUCCUGUUGGGCGUGGCUAAUGGGUUGGCAUUGCAAAUUUGUUUGGUUUAGUGAGAUACAUAUGCAUAUUUUUUUUCGUGGCCCAACGACAAACUCGUCUUCGGUGCUCGGCUUCGCCUUCGGUGCUCGGGCCCUAAAUACCCAAAUAAGUUAGAAGAGCAGCUGCCAGUAGUAGCCUAACUAUGGGAAAUUAUGUUGACAGCUUUGAGAAUCUAAUAACCACUGUUUUAACUGUUUGCUGAAUGAGUGUACUGUUGGCAGUGCUUUAAUUUGACUGGGAAUUGUGUUCCAGGUGUGAGAGACUCUCUAGGAGAAAACAGCCUGACUAAAAGCGCUCUUUCUAAAAGGAACAGAGCAAUCACCCCUGGAACUGGCUCUGGUAACCCUGUUUAUACUUUUUGUAAUAAAUAUCUGUAGAGGAGGAGGGGCCAGGCCAUGGAGAAUUUUAUAUAAUAAAAUUGAAUCAUUAUAUUUAAUGUAGUUAUCCCAGUCCAACAGUUUGUGUUUUUUCAGUAUUUUACAGUGAUGAUAAGUUUUGGGCUUUCUAUCCAAGAUUUUCAGUGCUUGUUUGUAUAAUGUUUUAAUGGCUUUUAAGGUUGUGACAUUUGCUGAUGCCCAACUAGUUAGACAGUAGGACAUAUGUGACAUAAUCAUUGCGUUAAAAUACAGUGUAGCUGACUCAAAGGUUAAAUUAUUCCUAAUGUACCUGAAAUUAGCUAGAUUAAAUUUUAUUUUGCCUGUAGUUUUUUUAACAUGUUGCUUGAAACCAAGUUGUGCAUCUAUUAUAACACCAAGGUAUUUAAAGUCUUGGACAACAUCCAGUUUCUCACCAUGCACCAUGAUGCUGGGGUCUGGUUCAGUAGUAACCCUUUUAGAUAAAUACAUACAAACAGUCUUUGACACAUUGAGAUGAAGACGUGAGUGUUGUAGCCAUGUACACACAUUGUUCAUGACUGAUGUUAACUGUUGUGCAGCUAGACGUUUGUCUUUUACGUGGAUGUAUAAUACUUUAAUAAUAGUUUGUGUCUGUCAAACGGAAAGGUUUAAUUAAUUGUUUUGCACGUAAUUUGUAGAGGGAUUUAUACACAGCAGCUGUGAGUACAUAUGCUAAAUGUCCGUAUAAGGGGUUAACUUGGUGUGGCAGACAAUGACCUAAUAAUAUUUAACGCCAAUGGUCGCAGAUGUUAAAAUAUUCAACGUGAAACCGAACAUCCAAGGGCUGUCGCCUGCACAACUUCAAUGAUGCUACUGAGAUAGGGCCUACAUUGAAGACUUGAAUAAUAGUUUUCGGCCAAAUAAUACGAAGACCCCGUGUACAGUUCAGUUUGCAACUGUACAAUGUGUCUGUACAUUACAACAUGCCGUUACAAGGUGGUGAAGUUAAGUAAGUUAGAUCUAAUGCCAUUUGGCAGGCUCAGGUUAGCCGCUAAGCUAAAUAAUAUUACCGUAUGAUGGUUUCAUAAGCCCUUCAAGAUUUCGUUGGCCCUAGUACCAUUACAUAAAUUUCAUAUUGCUAUUCUCCACACUUACCGAUCACCAGUUGUAUCUCAACUUGCGUUGGUGGUUUUGUGACAAUCAAGGUUUUCUGUGUUGACUAUUUCCACAUAUGAAAACUUGUUUCAAUAUCUUGAGACGCCAUGACAUAUUUUCAUCUAACGGCGCGGCAGCAUUGGGUGGGAGGGCGGGACAUAUGACUUCAAGUAGGGGUUUUCGGAUUGGCUGGCGCUGUCAGCGAUGUUGACCUAUCAGCAAUGUAGCUCAACGUUGCCAAGGUGAUUAUUUCACUUCCGUAUUUUGGAGGCGGAAGUAAAUCAGCCACGGUUGCAUCAAAACCGUUGAGUUCUAUGGAACCACCUUCUCCCCUUAUGUAGACCUCCUUGACUAUGACUGUCAUGUCCGGUGUAAGCCAGAAAUAUUGAUUGUCGGUGACUCAAUUGUUCGACAGUUAAUUAUCCCCAGUGCAAUCACCGUCUCCCUCUCAGGUGGUAGAGUCAGUGACAUUUCCAAACUUAUCCCCUCUCUCCUCGACUGGCACCCUAGUGUCAACACUGUCAUCGUUCACGUGGGGACCAAUGACGUCAUGGCAAGAAGUUAUAAACUACAAACUGAACUCGAAUCCCUCUGUCUCGCCAUAGAACGUUUGGGCAAGCGCUGAUGUCUGGCCCGAUUCCUCUCAUCUCCUGGAAACAUGAGCGGUUCAGUAGGCUGUACAGUUUGCACAACUUUUUAAAGAAUCUUUGCUAUGCUACUGGACAAGGUUUUAUUUCUAAUUUUGACAUUUUUUGGACCAAUGCAAAGCUGUAUAGGUCUGAUGGGUUACAUCCCAACAAAAAGGGCACUCAGGAAUUAACUAAAAAUGUUAUUCAUUUUAUUGCUUCACUCUGACACAUACCCCCACAGCAUGACCCAAGUCAGUCAGCUAAUGUUCCCAUCUUAGAGAGCAUGGGCCUUGCUGGUUUUGAAAAUAUGCAGAUAAGGGGACCCAUGGACAAUCUCUCUAUCCCAGUUCUAUCAACUAAGCGAGGUCUCUUGAGGACAUGUACACAUUCCCCAAGGAGGGCAAAUUUGGAAAAUCUCAGAUUUGUUCCAAAAAAACCUCAGAAUGCCACAGUGGAAAUGCCUCCAAUACUCAGUGUUAAACUAGCUUUGCAGAAUGCUAGAUCUCUGAGGAACAAGCCUUUUGUAAUUAAUGAGUUUAUCUGUACCCACAACCUUGAUUUUUUUAUUUUUAACUGAAACAUGGCUGAAAAAAUCCACUAGCGCUAUCACACUUAUAGAAGCAACUCCGCCACACUUUAAUUUCAUUAGUACAGAAAGGCAGAAUAAGCAGGAAGGGGGGAUAGCAAUUAUUUUCAAGACACUGUUUCAAUGUCAAAAGACAGCACUAGGUGAAUUUUCUUCCUUUGAAUACUUAGCUGCAGUUGUUAAAUGUUCUUCUGACAUACUGUUAUUGACUAUUUACAGACCGCCAAGACUUUCUGCACCACUCUUCUUAGAGGAGUUUGGUGAGCUGCUGUCGAAUGUUUGUGUGGACUAUGGAAGCUUGUUUAUCUCAGGCGAUUUUAACUUUCAUUUGGACGACUUAGAGAAUGCCUAUGCUAAGGAAUUUUUAAGUCUUCUUGACAUUUUUAGCCUUUCACAGCAUGUAACAGGUCCAACACACAGCCAAGGUCACACUCUAGAUUUAAUUAUCACAAAAGGUCUUAAUGCUUGUGCUAGUGUGAAAGACUAUGGCUUUUCUGACCAUUACUGCAUUUUUUCUGAUGUUUCUAUGUACCCUCAUGUUCAAAGGGAAUCUGUUACAGUCAAAAAAUGAAUAAUCAACUGUGAGACAGCCUCACUCUUUCAGCAAGCACUCUCAGAGAUCCAAAGUCAAACUUCAGAGAGUGCAGAUGAUCUCAUGGUGUCACGCUCCAGUCCUGACUGUAAGCAGUGGUAGCCCUGCACUUUCCACUCCAUGGUUUCCUUGUGACCAUGCCCUCUGGUGGCCCAGGCGCUGAACUUCCACCACUCUUCCAACAACCUAUCACCAGCCUGGUUUCAGCUUCACCUGUGUCAACUCUCCUAAUCACCCUCGGCUUUAAAUCCUGACCUGGGACUCUGCUCAUUGCAAGUUUGUUUGUUUUCUGUCUGUAUGUGAAACAUUCUUGUCAUGCCCUGAUCCUGAUCAAGUGCCACGUGAGUUUUUGGACUGCUUUUGAGAAUUCUUCCUUUUUUUUGAACUUUUGAAUUUUUGCCACAUGUGCUUUGCAUUGGACUACUGUUGGGAACUGAGCUUUGAGUUUUUGCCAUGUGUGCCUCGCAUCUUGAUUUUUGAACCAUUUUGACUGUUCUGGAGUUUUUUGCCACGGGAGCUUUGCAUUUUGAUUUUGAACUGUUCUAACUGUCUUGGAGUUUUUGCCACUUGUGCCUAUUUUUGGUUUAUGGAUUUUCUGAGCAUUUUGCCACUGUGACCUUCCUGUGUUUUGACUUUUUUGCCACGUGAAUAUUUUUGUGAAGACCUGCUUUUCAUUUUUUGCCCACUGAUACCCUGAACUGUGCUUGUCCUGAACAUUGUUUUUUUUGCCUCACCCCACCAUCUUCUUGCCCUGAAAUAAACCUCACUCUGAUUGCCAUUUUUUGUCCUGGUCUGCUUCUGGGUUUCCAAGUACUGUUCUGACACAUGGUCAAUUUUAAUUCAAGGAUGUCCCUCAUUAUGGAUGUUAUUGCCCCCGAAAAAAUCUAAACAGUGAGACAUCAAAAAGCACCUUGGAGAAUGAAUCCUGCAGUUAAAUUGCUAAAGCAAGAAUGCAGGAG